CAUUUCUCAUAAUCUAUUCACUGCGAGACGUUACAAAAACGCAAGUCAUAUGCCGUAAACCACAAAACGUUUCAGAAGUCUUUGUAUUUCAUACGUCGUCCGCAGGUGCCGGCGGCGGCAUGCUGGGCGCGCGGCUCAAGUCAUGGAUGGAAGCGCAGCUGGGGCGGGCGAAGAAGCGGAAGCAGAAGCAGACGCGGCAAGCGCCCGCUACCCCUCUGCCCCCGCCACACCUGUCGUCCCCCGAGAGCGCCUACAGCACGGGCUACUCCACCGACGGCACCUCGCCCGGCGCGCCGCCCGCUCCGCUCGCCGCGCCGCUCGUGCCGCCCCCGCCGCCGCCUGCGCCGCCGACCACACACCUCUACCACGAGCCUGCAAAGCGUCGUUCAAGCAUCACAGUACGGCGCGUGGUGCCUGAGCCGCCGGUGUGUGCCACCCCCUCGCCCCGGCCGCGGUGUCGCAUCCGCACCAACCCCUGGCUGGGAGGAACUUCCCCUAAUGCCAGGAAACGCGCCCCUAGCGUGCUGCAUCAGCAGUCCUUGCAAUGUCCACAGCCACCUACUCUGCAUCAUGCGCCUUAUUCCUUGGAUUCACACCCUAAAUAUGGACCCAGAUCGCCACACUUAUCGCCACACCUAUCGCCGCACAUUUCACCUCACCUAUCACCAGAACCCUAUAGAACACCGUACUACAGAGGCGGGGCGUCCAGUGACGAAGAGUGUCGCAGCAUGAAACCACGGGGACGAGAGACGGCCAUCUUAUCUGAUGCGGAUAUCGAUUCAGAUGGUGAUACAGGUUUGGAUGGAGGAGAUGAAGACGAACCUGAUAGCACAGCAUCGCCUGGGAAAAGGAGAGCAAGGAGGAGGAGACCUCCGCGACGUACUCCACGCUCUGCAGGUGCUACUCCACCACGGAUGCGACGCCGAUGCCACGCGCCCUCAGCUCCACCUGUAAGAGAAAGAGACCCUCUAUUAGAAGCAGAUAGAGAAGCCGAACGAAAAUACCGAGAGUUAAUAAGGGAAGCAGAGAAGCUCCUCGUCACAGUAUCUCGAUCACCCCUUGAGCCACCGCAUAAUCCUAGAGUACGGGAACUUAGGGCUACAGAGGUGGAUGCACCCCGACGGAGCCCAGAGCGCACUCACGUGACCAACUUCAUCCGAGCUAACUCCCCCGAGCCCCCCCGACGUCUCUCGCCUGUAGCAAGACGCUCCCCCCUCGCAGCACCGCCGCCUCCCCGGCCCCAAGUACAACCUCCAUCACCGACGGAUAGACCGCACUCUGAACCGCCGAAGAGGAAAGCUUACGCACGAGAUGAGGUUUUACAGACACUGGAGGGUCUACGAAAAAGUUUACAGCAGCAAUCUGCGUUGCUCGCAGUGCAACGUACACGCCUGGACUCCCUCUAACAUGAUGUAAAUUAUGUUUUGGUAGCACUUAAAUGAGUGCGGUCUAGCAAUCGUGCGUUACCAAAACGUACAUGAAUAAUCUUCCCUGCCAAAUAGUAGUAGACCCUUUCAUUUACAUAUCCUUGUAGUUUCUUUGUUUACCCAAGCGUACAGUUUGCGAAAAUGGUUUGCUUAAUCGUGUAUUGUUGAAUUUGUUAUAGUUGCUUAGUUGAUUUGUGUUUGUAAGUCUCUUGUACUUUCGUCUUACUUCUUACGUCUUCUUGUUCUUCGUGGUUUGGAUUCAGAUCGUUUGUCGAAUGUGUCAAUUGAGUGUCCACUUUUAUGAGAUAAAAAUUUCCCUGGACUAAAUGUUCUCGUCGCCUCAAAAUUAAUAAUAGUAUUAUUGUCAAAGUAAAUAUAAUCCACUAAUGAAAAUAAUAAUGUACAAUUUAUAGAAGGUUAAAGUACUUUAAUCUGAUAUGAACAAAAUUUUCAAGGAGACAUAACAAGUUCCACCUUUCAUCCUAAAAAGAUCGAUGGUACAAAGCCUGAACCCUGCAAUUUCCAUAACGAGUUUCACCGUUAUAAUUCACUUUUUCAACGUUACCCAUAAUAAUUUACUUGAAAGUAACGUUCCUAAAUUAAUGAUGAGGUGGGUGGAAUAAAAAUAUUAUGGCUUUUUUUUGCUAUUUACAUGAUGUUUUGGCAAUCUAUUUAAAAUUUUUGAUUGCUUUUAACAUUUAUGUUAAGAUUUAAAUUUACACUGAAUGUGCAAACCAUGCAUUCUAUUCGCAUGUUUUUGGGAUACGUAGUUCUUCCAUAUUUCCUAGACAAAUCCCUCCAAAGAUGUAGUCUAGUCGACAUAUUAGGUAUUUGUAGUUAGUAGUGUUGUUAUCGUUUUAUAUAGGCGAGGCCAUUUUUAUUAUUCCAAAUACAUAAUAUUUGUAGUACCAUUAUUAUUCAUAUUUAGAUUGUAAACGGCUGUUGGAUUUAUGCGAUAUAACAUUUUAAUACGAAUUCUAUAGUUUUGGAGCAUCUGUAUACCUAUAUCAUAUGUUUAAUAAAUACCUAAGUGCGAAUGUCCUCACAACAAUGUCUUUCAUAUAUUCAAAUAGUCUUUCAGUUAAUAAUGUAAAGAAAGCUGGCGACUCAUUAAAUUAAACAAAAGACAUCAUUUUAAAGCCAAUUUGUGUCAGUGGCGUGCAAUCCACGGAAGUAUAAAAACACUGUUAAAGGAGUUUUAUAAUUUGUAUAAUUUAUGUAAAGGCGGUUAAUUGCCCUACUUAUAUUAUGCAUUGUAGUUUUUAUACAGUUACAAUAACUUGUAUUUUUAUGAUAAUUCUACUGAAUUAGUCAGCUGACAUUGCGAAUUAUAGUCAAAACCCUCUGCACGUCGCUGAUUAGUGUGCCAUAUUAGCUCAUUCCAUCAACAGCCGUUCAGUUUAGGGCAUUAGAACAUGUAUCGAGUAUUGUAGCGUAGGACUAGACGAGUAUUAGCGGUCUCCCUAUAGCGUAAGCAACCGUGGCCACGCGUAAGACUGCCUUUACUUCAUAUACAAUGUUUACUCGUUACAAUUUGGGCUAAGAUCGUGUCAUGAUUGUUACUCAAGUUGCAACUGAAUACUUAAAGAUGUCGCAAGUCGCAUUAUAAUCGUGAUACGGAAUUUAGCUGUUCUGUUUAGUCACUCGACUGAUGGUUCAACCUAAUGGGAAUUUUCGUCUAAUGUCAAAUUCAAAUUCUGUUAAAAAAAUAAAAAAAUAUAUUUUGUUAAGUGUACCAUAACAAAAUGCUGAAGAACUAACAAUUUAAAGUUACCUUAAUUUGACAAAAAGUUUAUACAUAUAUGUAUCUUUAAUACAAUUAGCUCAAUUAAAAGAAAAAAAAUGUUAGUCAUAUUUUAAAUUGUAAUUAAAUUGAAUACGUUUUACUGAACCAUCUCGAAGAUUUUCAAGCGCGCGCUACUACCUUGAUACUAAGUUUUUUUAAUGAAUUGUGAAUCUGAGAGAUGGCCGGUAAACAAUAUAUUGUAUGUUUAUCACGUUAUUUGUUAAAAAUGUGUGCUUUUAGCAAUCAUCGGUCGAGUAAUAAGGGUGCCCCCAGUUGGUCCCAUAUUUUUGUUAGUGCAAUAUUUGGCGAGAACGUGCGACAAUAAUCGUAGUCGCCUGUGCCGAGUGUAAAUAUAUUACUCGUUCAGCCUAUCGUCACACUAGCGUUUUUUUGUCACCAUUAACAAAAUCCACCUUUAAAUUUCAACGACCAAAUAAUUAGGUGAAUAUUAAGAGGAAACUCGCUAAAGUUAGCUGCAAGUUUGAUACUGUUUGCAUAACGAUACUUAUCGACUACUUUGAUAGUUUACCGUGUGACAACUGACAAGGCUCUCUAGUGUGUCUAUAGGUUUACUUGUUUAUUGUAAGUAUAAAUAAGAUUUAUACGUUUAGUUGAAUUUUCAUUAAAAUAUAAAAAUUAA